AUGAGAGCAAAGACUGUGGGGAAAGAAAUAGUCACUAUGUUUGUUAACAACCUUCCUGACAAUAUUCACUGGAUAUGGCUUACUACCAUAUUUCAAAGAUUUGGGUAUAUUGUUGAUGUCUUCAUCCCUCGCAAUAGAAGUAAAACGGGAAAGAGGUUCGGAUUCGUAAGAUUCACAAGUUUUGAAGAGGCAAAGAAAGCAGUUUUAUGUCUCAAUGGAGUCUGGCUAGUGGAUCAUAAAAUCGAUGCUAAUAUUGCAAGAUUCGCCCAAAGAAACUCUUUUUGGAGGAAACGAAAAGUUCCUGAAGCAAAAGCUGAAGUCGGUACGAGAGUAACAGAGAGGACGGAAACUAAUAGCAACAAUCCAGAGUGUGAGAAACUUUUCCACUACGAGGAGGAAUCGUAUAUGGGGGAAAUAAACAAUGAAACAUUGCAUUGGCUCUCUAGAACAGUUGUGGGUGUCUCAAAAUGUUUUACCAAGAGUAAUGUAAUUAGUGAGCAGUUCAAAAUGGAGGGAGUUUUUGGUUUAAACGUUAGGAAACUUUCAGUGAAACAGUUCCUGAUCAAUUUUGAUAAUACUGAAAUGUUUGAAGGAAUGAAGAAUGACGAAUAG